CUUAUUCUUGUACUCGUUAUUAAUUCAUACGUAUUUGAUCACGUUAUUACCUUGAAAUGGAUCGUUAACGCGCUAAUAUAUAUUAUGAAUCGCAGUAAAACAUUCAAUUCAUCAAUUCUUCUAUAAUCAAUCCAACGAAAUGAACGCACUAUUGUUUUCUAUUUUAAAAAUUGAUCUUUGAAUCUCUCUCUCUCUCUCUCUCUCUCUCUCUCUCUCUCUCUCUCUCUAUCGAUUCAUUUAUCUUUUUAUCUAAAUAAAUUAAAUAUAUUAUUUAUCUAUGAUGUAUAUAUCCAGAUACUUUAUCUAUUCAUAUCUUUCAAUUUCAAGGCAUGGAAUUUAAUUUCGUUAAACUGGGAAAUGUAUUUAAAUAUUAUGUUUUAUUUGAUGUUGAGAUCGUUGAAGUCACGAAAUUAAAAAAUCGCCAAUACAUCUAAUAUCAGUAUAGGAUAGAUAUAUGUGAUACCAUUCAGAUUCUCGUACAGAAGAUAAGAAGCUGACGGGACCACAUUUAACUCUAUUCGUUCAAUUUGUCUCGAUUAUUUAUCAAUUAUAUACAGAAAUAAUUUGUUAUCUAUCAACAGUCGUUAUUACAACGUGACUCGAUCUCAUUUUUUUAUAUAAUACGCGAUACUGCCAAAAAUCUUAGAUCCUAUUCACUUCGAUAAUCGCUUUAAGUUAUGAAGUUAAUCGAUUAAAAAGUGCAUGCUUGAUUAUCUCCUUUUUUCCUUCCACUUACGAAUGAGCUCAACCAAUUCCAAUUACGCACAAAAGCGUCCCUCGACGCUGUAAUUAAUCGUCCUACAUAAACGAGUAUGUCGAGUAUAACUCAUUAGCGCACCUUUUUCUAAUCUUGGCACGACAACUUUACAAGCUGUAUAACAGUUUCUUAUUCUAUAAUUAUUAGAUUAAAUUUAUUAUAUAAACUGUUUCGUAUAUUGUAUUUUCGAGAAAGAUAUGAGAAUCGGAUCAAUGAAAUUGACGAUGUAUCGUAUAUUUUACCGAACAAAGGGGACCGUACUUGAUUUUCAAUUCGAACAUCUAUUACGUGUUUGUGUGUUUUUCUAAUAUACACUUUAAUACAAUUUUGCGAUUGUUUAUGAAUUUUCGAUCGAUAUCUUGUCAAACGCAAGUCGAUGUACGUAAUCGUUAUUAAGUGAUUAACAUAUGCAAGCAAGAAUUUCACGAUUAUUGUUAACGUGUUAGAUGGCAAAACGGAAGAUAUACGCGUAUACACGCGAGAGAAAAUGGUUUGUUGGCCGAUUGCCGAGAAGCUAAAAGAGUAUAUUCGAGGAUAUAGAAUGAUGAAGCAAGCAACCGAUGGUACGAAACGCGAAAAAUCAAAAUUUAAGAAAAAAUAUUGGAUUUUAAUCCAUAUUUUUACAGAUGAACGCUUUUUUCCUUAAGUAAUUACUUACCGAUUAUUCUCUUUCUCUCAAGUUCUGUACUUGAAAUCAUAAUAUCGGUGAAAAAUGAAACGCACGAAUCAAUGUCAUUGUCGAUGUUGUUAAAAGUAAGAAGGCAUGUCUAUUACCGCGAAACAGAUUUAUCCGACGGAAGCUGUGCGCGCCAGAGUUGCAGUUAUUUUCGCAACAUGAGUACAGUGGAGAGCAGAAAUCGACUUGACGUACCAUCGCGUUUUUAUAUUUUCGAUUACAAGUUUUUGAUUGUAACAGCGGUCCAAAAAACAACAGUGUACGUGCCAAUAACGAGAUUCGUUAGAUAAGAUGAUGAUGUACAAGCAAGCCGAGUUCGAGGACGAAGAUAGCAGUAGCAUCGGUUCCGUGGCUUUGAACAGCGAGGGCAUUAGCACAUCGGCCACGCAUAUACGAUACAAUUCGGGGAUCUCGUUGUGGAGAGCGAGAAGCGCUCUCGAGAGAUGUCUUUUCAUCAUUUGCGCGGGCCUCCUGUUAAUGGUGAUGAUGCUGUCGAUAGUGAUCAGCAGCAAGAACGGUUGGGACGAAGCACAGAUACUUCACGUUACUUCCCAUGGAGAAAAUGGUACACACUGUUUAACCGAGCACUGCAUCACGGUAGCCGCUUCCAUUAUAAACAGCAUAGAUCGUUCGGUCGAUCCAUGCGACGAUUUUUACGAAUACGCGUGCGGCGGUUGGAUCAAGAAGAAUCCUAUACCGGAUGGGAACAGCAUGUGGGGAACGUUCGACAAGUUCGAGCAAGAAAAUCAGCUAAUUGUGAAAAAUGUCCUUGAGAAACCAUUGGUCGAGAUGAAAUCAAAGGCCGAGAAAAAAGCAAAGUAUUAUUUUCUCUCGUGUAUGGACGCGAACGAUACGAUCGAAACGCUCGGUGCGAAACCGAUGUUGGACUUGUUGGAUACUAUCGGUGGAUGGAACGUUUCUGGCAAAUUCAAUAUAAGCGAAUGGUCUUUGCAGAACAGUAUGCAUAUUCUGCAAAAUGUUUACAACAUGGAUGGUUUAUUUACAUGGGCGGUAAACGAAGAUGAUCGAAAUAGUAGCAGACACAUUAUACAAAUCGAUCAGGGAGGUUUAACGCUGCCAACCGCUGACGAUUAUCUCAACAUCACCGAACACGGUAAAGUGUUGGCUGCUUAUUUGGAAUACAUGACAAAGAUCGGCGAGCUGUUAGGCGGUGAGAAGAACUCGACGAGGAAACAGAUGCAGGAUGUGAUACAGUUCGAAACGAAAUUAGCGCGGAUCAUGACGUCACCCGAGAAUCGUCGGGAUAAAGAAAAGCUUUACAAUUUGAUGUCGUUGAACGAACUUCAACGUAAAGCGCCAUUCAUGUCGUGGGUAGACUAUUUUAAAAAUGCGACGCGUAUCGUUAACAAGAAGAUCAACGACAAGAUGAUGAUCGUGAACUUUGCCCCGGAAUAUUUUAUCAAAUUGUCCAACCUGGUAUUAGACUACAACAAAACGAACGAAGGAAAAGUGGUACUGAAUAAUUAUCUGGUUUGGCAAACGGUGAAAUCUCUAACCACCUGCCUGUCGAAACCGUUUCGCGACGCUUACAAGGGCCUGAGGAAAGCUUUGAUCGGUUUGGAAGGCCAGGAGCAGCAAUGGCGUUAUUGCGUCAGCGAUACGCAUAACGCGAUGGGUUUUGCGAUCGGUGCCAUGUUCGUUAGAGAAGUUUUCCAUGGAAAGAGCAAACCCAUGGCGGAGAAGAUGAUCGACCAAAUACGGAAAGCUUUUACCAAGAAUUUGAAGAAUCUGGAUUGGAUGGAUCCGAAAACGAGACGGGCAGCCGAGGAGAAAGCGAACGCGAUUACCGACAUGGUCGGUUUCCCCAAUUUUAUCUUGAACCCGUACGAGCUCGACGAACGUUACAAGGAUCUGACGAUCAAGCAAAACGAAUACUUUCAAAAUAACAUACGGGUGAAUAAGUAUAAUUUACGAAAGAAUUUAGAAAAGUUGGAUCAACCUGUGAACAAGACUACGUGGAUCAUGACACCGCCAACGGUGAACGCUUAUUACUGGCCCACGAAAAAUCAAAUGGUUUUUCCCGCUGGUAUCCUUCAGAGCCCGUUCUACGAUAUGGAAAAUCCGAACAGUUUGAAUUUCGGUGGUAUAGGAGUAGUGAUGGGACACGAAUUGACUCACGCGUUCGAUGAUCAAGGAAGAGAGUACGAUUUACACGGAAACUUGAAUCAUUGGUGGAACAAUGCCACGAUAGAGAGAUUCAAAAAUAGAACGGAGUGUUUCGUCGAGCAGUACAGUAAUUUCGAGAUAAAUGGCCGACACGUAAACGGAUUGCAGACAUUGGGGGAAAAUAUCGCGGAUAACGGUGGUCUUAAAGCAGCGUAUCACGCGUAUCUCUCGAUCCCAAAAAGCUACAAAGAUCAGCUACCCUUGCCCGGUCUUAAUUUGACGCAUCGACAAUUGUUCUUUCUGAAUUUUGCUCAGGUUUGGUGUUCCGCCAUAAUGUCCGAGGCGGUAGCCCUUCAAAUCGAGAAAGACGCUCAUUGUCCAUCGAAAUACAGAGUGAUAGGAUCGCUCUCGAAUCUACCAGAAUUCGCUGCGGAAUUCAAUUGUCCCGAAGGCUCGCGGAUGAAUCCGGUUCACAAGUGCGAAGUGUGGUAAUGCAUCUCGUUUCCUUCUAGAAAAUCCUUUGUCCGAUGAUUGUCGAUGCAAGAAAUUGCAUCGUUUCGAUUCCAUUGUCGGUAUGAUAUACGGUAUAUAAUGUACGGUAUAUAUCGCGAACGAGUCGUUGUCAAAACUCAAAGAAAAAAAUGCUUCCGCUUCUAUCUUUAGAGCUAGCGGCUCUUCCUUCGACGUUUCGAUUUUUAUUCGAUUACGAGAUAAAAUUCGUCGUUUCGCGACGACAAAAGCAAAGCAUCGGUUCGCGCUUUAUCAUACUUCCCAAAUCGUUCCUCCACGCGGGAAUUGGAUUCGUAAACAGAGUAUUCCACGAAUAAAAGAAACGUCGAAAACAUAGAAGCGACGGAUGCAACGAAUCCAGUUUGCGACAACGUGAUUUUAUCCGAUUUCAAACGUUAAAUUUAAUCAACGUCCAUUUCGCCAAUUCGUGUUGCGUGAUUUAUUCGAAAUUCUAGCGAAUAAAUCGAACACCGAACAUUCAAGAUCUCGCGGCUUAUGCGUGUUUGAUGUAUCGGUUUAAACUGUGUACUCGAGAAAAUCAGCUUCGAAGCUGGAUUAGAAAGAUACUAGGACCAUAUACGGUUAUACGAAUCGUUCAAUUUCCUCGUACGACGUUGCGUCGCGCCAAUGUUUUUUCACUAACAAAUAAAUUCACUAUGGUUCAUCGCGAUCACUGGAAAUAUUUAAUCCAUUGAAUCGACCGACCGACCGACCGACUAACCGACCGACCGAUCGACCGACCGACCGAUCGACCGAUCGAACAAUCGACCAACUGACCGACUUUAUACUUUGUACCAUAAGCGAGCAUGUUUCUACGCGAUAACUGAUUUUUCACUUUUAUACUUAUACUUGAAAUCAGUAUUGAUUAUCCGUUCGAAACGCGCUACAAUAUUACACGCUAUUUACAGCAAUAAAUUUACAAUACGUAACUAUAUAUUUACUUGAAACUUAACGCGUAUAAAGAUAUAUCGUUUUGGAAUUCUGUCUUUGAUUAAUCUCUCUUCGGCAGAACACAUAUCUAUUAUCUACAUAUCUAUCCGAUAUUGACACGAUGCGUUAUUAACUAAACAAGGGAAAUUAAGGAAAUUAGGAGAACGACGAUUUUAAAAUAUACGAAAAAACAAA